AUGGCGAUGCAGAUGCCAAAUAAAUCUCAAAAUGUGGAUCUUAAACAAUUUGCUUAUACUCCUAAAUCUUCCCUUCCAAGAUUGCCAAGGUAUGUACAACAUUCAGGGUACCCGUUGCUGGAAGAAAGGAAUGACCCUGUUCUCCAGGAAAGUUUUCUGCUGGAAUCUGAUGGUUCCAAAGAGGCUGGUUUCGUUGUAAGCAAGCAACCUGCAAGUUGGAAUGAAGGAAGCUGUUGGACAAUGCUUUCACAUGAAAAUUUCAAAGAAUCUUCAAUAAAUAAUAACUUGACUGAUGCAGAUAAAAGCAGCUCUUUGUUUUCAGAACCUUUCAGCGUAAACUUUGAGUUAGAUGAGGUUUGGGGUGAUUACGAUGACAGUAGCCUUGUGGACGCCAGCACAUUUUGUACUGAUAUGGAGAAAACUAAGACUUCAGAAUCUUCUCAUCUGGGAUUUAUAAAUACACACUUCCAGAACACCCAGAACCAAACUGCACAAAGCAAAUCUCCUGGUACACUUUUAAAAAGUUUUUCCAUAUUUAAAGAGAAACCUGAUAUCUGCCUGCCAAAAUCCACCUCUCCAUCAUUAACUCCACCAUCAAGUGUGAAACCACUUGCUGAAUAUGGCAAUAAAAAUAUUUUUUGCUUUCAGGAAGAAUAUAAUCUCCCACAAAAACCGAAACCUGUACAGUUGACUACAACCUCAGGUUCUUGCCAAGUUACUGGAAAGGAGGACUUUCUUAUAAGUAAGAAUAAAAUGACAGAAGAGGCUGGCCGCAGGUAAUGAAAAUGAUUUGUGAAAGUACUGCCCAAGCUUGGUCUGCAGUCUGCAUAAUUGUAUCUAGAUAGAUAUUUCAGAAAGGUCAUAAGAUUGCAAGUAACUUUCUUGAGCAUUCUAUGCAAAUAAUUAUAUUCUAACGCAACAGUUUGGUUUAAUAGCACUAUAUAUUGUGCUGCAGAUAAAAUAAUCUGAUCUUACAAGGUUUGGUAUAGUAAACUGAAAUGUUUAUUGGAUGCUUUCUUUUUCCUAGGCAACAGCUUUCUGAUGAUGACGAAAUUAAGCUUUACUUUGGGAUAUUUGAUGGCAUUUUCUAACACCAGUAAACAAACGUACAUUGCUGGUGAUGAAGCAUAAGCACUCAUUUUGAGGAUGAGAUCUUCAAAUACCCAGUCUGGAUUUUUUACUUUUGAUGUAUAGCAGUUCAUUAAUAGUCAGUUUUGCUACAUACAGUAAUGACCAGAAUACUAUACGGUUUGCUUGCAGUAUUUAAUGUACAAUGCAUCUUUAAUAGUUAUUUAAAUAACUUUGUUUACAUGAGGUUUCUGUUCAUAAUAUUGUAGAAGAUAAAGCCCUUUGCAAGCCUUUUAUUAAAGGGGAUUGUUUUUGAGCCAAGCUAUUUGUUUUGUUUCAAAUUAUACCCAGUCUUAUUCUUGGAAAUAAGAUUAUCCGUGUAAUAUGCAUUUCCUAGGUAAAUACAUUUGUGAACAAUGCCUAUGUUAUCCCUGGAAAAAUAUCUUCUUGGUAGGAUUUUUUUUUAUUGGGCACUUAUUCACAUUAAACUGAUUUUAUAAUGACUAUACAUUAUGUGAAACAAUGAGUUUUUUAAAUAAAAUGGAAUAAAGUUA